AUGACGAAGAGCAUCAACGAUAGUUUCAAAGAUCGUCGGACCAUCUAUGCCCUGACUAACGAAUCGACCAUCUCGGAUGAUCGACUAGAGGAAUUGCUUACCGACGUUGUUCGGCACACCCCCAGUCCCUUCAACAGCCAGACAUCGCGGCUGGUUGUACUCCUCAAGGAUGAGCACCAGAAACUGUGGGAUAUUGCUUAUGAAGUCGCCAACUCAACCGUUUCCCCAGAAGUGUUUGACAAGGUCUACAAGCCACGGAUCGCCAUGUUUCGCGGGGCAUAUGGGACUGUGUUGUUUUAUGAGGAUCAUGCACCUAUACGGCCUCUAGAAGAAAAGUGGCCUAUGCUGAAAGAUAAAUUUCCGCAAUGGUCUGAACAUGCCAGUGCCAUGCAUCAAUAUGCAUUAUGGACGCUCUUGGAGGCAGAAGGGCUUGGAUGUAGCCUCCAGCACUACAAUCCAAUGUUUGAUGCCCGUGUUGCCGAGCAAUGGACGAUUCCCGAGGAUUGGAGUCUCAAGGCCUAG